AGAAAAUGUUUUAUUGUCUCAAACCAAAUAUUCCAGGUUUACAUAUUCAGAAAAGUUUAAAAAGUCAUUUAUUGAUAAAUGUUAACUUUGAACGGGCUGCUACAUGCUAGCUGUGUUUUAUCCUUUGUUGUUAAAGCAACAUUUGCUGCCACGUUAUCAGGUGGAGCGUCUUAUUUCUCCUCCUGCUUCAUCCUGUCAUUUUAAAUCCUGCUCUGCCAGACAGAACAAGCAGACAGAAAAGCAACGAAAACACAAUGAAAUGUGUGAUUUCCUUUCAGAGCGCUGGCGGACAUCCUGAGGCAGCAAGGCCCGGUUUCAGCUUCGCAGUUUGAGCAUGAAAACAUGGCGGCCAUUGAUGGUUCUCCCAAAGACGAGACGCCGGUCAGGAGCUCAAAGAACCACUACACUCCGGUCCACACCAAGACGUCCAACCACGGGCAUUAUGGGAAGGACACCCUGCGGCCCGGCGGACCGGACAUGCAUAACUUCAUCUCCUCUGGGUUCGUCACUCUGGGCCGGAGCCACCUGAAAGCGCAGCAAUCCAUCGACGAAUCGGGUCAGAUGUCCUGGCAGGGGGACCUGGACGUCCCCAUGUCCUACGGAAACCACCACCAUGAGUACCAGCACAGCCACCUGGACCUGACGGCGCUCACUCCCAAACUGGACCGGCCGCAGCGGAUCAACAACAUCCUGACCUCGGCCACCGAGCCCUACGACGUUUCGCUGUCCAGAUCCUUCCAGAACCUGAGCCACCUGCAGCCGUCCUACGAGCUGCCGCUCAAGCCUGACUUAAGUAAAUACUCUCCUCACAGACUAAGCGAUAAAGACAUGGAUGACUACUACCCCAGGAAGCAUCUUCAUCCUGACUUCGCUGGUCGGGGUCCGACCCACAUGGUGAAGCUGAAUGCUGAGCCCCACCAGCACCACCAGCACCAGCAGCACCAGCAGCGGCAGCAGCGCCCCCGGCGGGUGCAGAGGGCCAUGUCCCAGGACCACGUCCUGUCCCCCCCCAGGACGCCGCGGCGCGGAGACUACGGCUUGUCGUCGUACGGCGCCAUGGCAGCCGCCGCAUACGGAAGCAGCCGCAACCUCUCAAACGAGCAGCUGCUCUCGGCGGACCGCCUCCACUCCCAGGAUCCUCUGCUGUCCCCGGCGAUGAGGCGUGACAAGUUCCGGGAGAAGGCCAUGGCGCGGGCGAUGUCUCACGCCGACAUGCUAAUGCCGACCACGCCAGUCAUGGACCGCCACAAGAUGACCAAGAUGCACUCCCAACCCAGUGCCUCCAGUGACUCGUACAACACGCUGAUGGUCAACCAUCACGCUGGCACGUCCACGUCCAAGAGGCAGGCGUUCGCGUCCCGACGGACACACACGGUGGACCACCUGCAGUACAUUCCCGGCCACCACCACACGUACCGCACUGCCAGUAAGAACGAGGUAACUGUCUAAAGACCGUGUCGGAUGGCUGCAUCAGAAAUGUGACCGGACGUUAUCAGCAUCCGUCAUUAAAACUCUUCUUGUUGUUUUUUUAGCUUUGUGUGUGAUCCAGAAUUUGGACGACUAGGAAAAUCCUGGCAAAGACUUUUGUUCUCUGAGAGCAUCAUAAGGGCUUUGCUUUGACUCAAAGAUCCUUCCUGUCGACGCAGGACACAGUGAAGAAAAUAUUUUUUAAACCAGACGUAGGACUCGAAGGGAAUUGUACCACCUUUAUAGACAUACAAAUAAACUCUUUACUGUUUGUAUUUCCAGUCUUUGUUAUAGCUUUAGAGAUGCUCAUUAUCUGAUGUACGCACUUCAGUUGGUGCCUCUUGAAAUUGUCCCGUUUCAGCAGUGAAGGGGAUCUGUGGGUUAAAAAGCACAAUUAAUGAAUUCCCAUUUUUUUGGAUUAGGUUUUCUCUUCUUUGACAAACGGCCGGAACAUAUCAGCUUAGACUAUAAGUGAAACAGGUUAUUUGUGUUGCAUACUAUAGAUGAUUGUAAAUAGGCUAUCUUAGCUGCAUAAAGCCCUCUGGACUACUGUCCCAAGUGGAGUUUAUUAGGUGUUUCCAUUUAUUAAUUCUGUUUUAGGUAAGGAAAAGUUCCCAGAUUAGUAUUAUUUCCACCGAUGUCUGCAAACUAUGUGGAUCUAAUAUGUGCGUUGGGAGUGUGUUUCUGUUUGUUUUCUAGCUUGUGGCGCAGAGCGGCUCUGAAUGAUUUUGGAUUUUUGCUGUCAUUUUUGGCCAGUUGCUUCCAUCUCUGCAGAUCAGGCCUCAGCGUCGCGGAUCGUCGAGUGGCGAAAACAAUCAGUCUGAAGACGCUGUCAUGCUUGGCUGACCAGGUGUCACGUGCCAAUCAAACGCUGAUUAAACUGUGAAAUGUUUGUCCAGUGUUUCCCAUUCAAGCAAUGCCUUAUUGUAUAGAACGCCAUAAGCUCUUAAAUGAACCGGUUUGCUUUGUCG